AUGUCAUCAUCAAAAGCUGUAUUACGAUUUGCUAAACUUAGUGAACAUGCAUUCUCACCAAUAAAAGGUUCAGCUUAUGCAGCCGGUUGGGAUCUUCGAAGUGCUUAUGAUUAUGUAUUACCAGCACGAGGAAAAAUAACAGCUCAAACUGAUAUUCAAAUUGCUGUACCACAUGGUUGUUAUGGUCGCGUUGCUCCACGAUCUGGUCUAGCUGCUAAAUUCGGUAUUGAUACAGGAGCUGGUGUUAUCGAUGCUGAUUAUCGUGGUAAUGUUGGUGUUGUAUUAUUUAAUCACAAUGAUUCAGAUUUUACUAUUAAACGAGGUGAUCGUAUUGCACAAUUAAUUUGUGAAAAAAUCGAAAUGGCUGAAUUAGUUGAAGAAGAAAAACUCGAUGAAACUGUACGUGGUUCAAAUGGAUUUGGUAGUAGUGGUGGAUUUUCACAUGUUCAAAAUGGCAAUUCUCAUUAA